AUGAACCUCUCCGCCUUCCCGCACCUCACCUCCACCGAGUUCACCGCCGCCUGCACCGCCCUCCACGCCUCCCUGCCGCCCGCCACCUGCACGCUCACCCACCACCCCACCACCCUAACCUUCCACCGCCCACUCCCCACCAACUCCUCCACCCCCGACACCUCCACUCCAUCCACCCCCACCACCCCCACCACCCCCGAGCCCCCCGACCCCGAAUCCCUCCCGCCGCCCCCCGCCCCCGCCCCCGGCCCCACAAUAACCUACCAACUCCAACACUCGCCCACCUACAACGUCCCCGUCCUCUACUUCCAACCGCACACACCGCACCCGCUCUCCCUCGCCGCCAUCUACGAGCGCAUCGUGCCCACGUCGUCCGCCGAGGCGCUGCGCCGCGUCGGCGUGCUCGGCGCCGUCUCGCAGGCCGACAACCCCGCCGACGGCGAGGUGUGGUGGUUCGUGCAUCCGUGCAGCACGGCGGAGGCCAUGGGGGAGCUGCGGGGGCUCUGGGGGGACGGCGUGGGGAUGGGCGCGGAGGAGUGGUAUGUUAGGGUGUGGGUGGGGCUUGUGGGCGGCGUGGUGGGGCUGAGGUUGGAGGGGGUGGGGCUGGAGACGGGGAGGGGGGCGGGGACGGGGACGGGGACGGGGGUGGAGGCGGAGGCGGAGGGGGUGUAG